CAAUGAUGGCUUGGGACGUAUUUCUCUCUCUAGCGCUGGGCAGUCCCGUCGGCACUGUUCAUCCAUAUUGAGACUUCCGAUUCCAGCCUUAUUCUUGAUGUUUUUGGCACGAUUUUGGAGCUCUUGAUUCGUUUGGAGCCGAGGAAUCCAUUCCCAGGCUUGGUUUUUGGAUUACGCUGCUGUAAUUGGGUGAAAUCGCAGGUCAAAGUUUGAGUUUUACUGUUCAUCGACGAACAUCAAGAUUCCAAUUGGCCUCGUUUCCAGCACGUUUGAUGGCUAAUUUUUGGGGGUUUAGGGGCGGCUUGGGGCGCUUAUUCUAGGCCUGAAGUCGGAUUAUCAUUCCAAUUGAAGACCUCUACGAAUUGAGCAUUAUUUGGAUUCGAAGUCACUGUUCACAGUCCGAUUUUGAACUCCAGGUUUUACCCAGCUGCUGCCUUUUUCUGCUCCCAAUUUUUUGGCUUUGACUUUGUUUUUCAGGGGCCUUUCAAUGUCUAUUGUUGGAUGUUUGAUUCACAUAACUUGAAUUGGUCUUCUUGAUUUUGGGUUGCUCGAACUACUGUUCACGUUCUUAGUUUUUCUCUGCGGCUGUGCUACUGGUUUGGGCUGUUGCUUUUGCUGGUUGGCUUUGUUGUUUGAGCAUUAUACUGAUUGAAUGUGGACUGACUCUUUGGUGCAUUUUGGUCAUAAUCUUCAUUUAAUGUAUUGUUUCAUCUUCUUCAUUUGAGACUGUCCAGAGGCUACUGCCUGUUUGGUUUGAUUGGCAUUUGGGUCUGGUUUUGCUUGUUGUAAGGUGACUUGUACUUGAAUGGGGUGAGGACCAUAAUUGGGUUUGGAAAAUUUGAUUUCCAGGCUGCCAUCUUCAAACAACAGACCCUCCUAUGGGUUUGAUGUUUGCUCGCUGAACUCAAGCUCUUGAGGGAUGGGGAUGGUUAGCAUAGGUUGCUGGCAGGCCAACCUUCUCCCUUUUGCAUUGGAUGAUCUUCUUCUGCCUCGGUUUGGUCUACCACUGCCCAGGCCCCUCAUGUCUCUAUUUAGCAUUCAUGCUUGGUGUUUUUUGGCAGCUUUUGGGCAGCCAUACUACCUGCUGUUUGUAGUGCUGAAUCAUGGCCUAUUGAGGACGGCUCUGGGUGGGAAAAGGCCGCUGUGUUGCUGGUUUGGGGCUGCCUAAAGGUUCAUUUGCUUGGGCCCUUGCUGAACCUCCUUGCUGCCUGCCUUCAGCUGGCUUGGGGCUGUUCGGGACUGGAAGGGGCCAUUUGUGCGCCUGUGUGAUGUGGUCUGGAUUGUGGAACCAUGACGAACUGAUUUUAUGGAAGACCAUACCCUGUGAAAUGGUGCUCUUGCUGCUGCUGUUUUGGAUUUUUGCGCAUGACCUAGGGGUCAGGUUCUCACCUCCUCUUGAAGAGAGGUCUGCCGCAAGAAGACAUUACCUGGAGUGUGCGUGUAGCUGCAUUUCCUGGUUGAAAGUUUGGUCUUGCUGUUUGCUUUGGGUUGGAAGGCCGAAGGGAAGAUGGAGCCAACCGCAUACUUAGGUCCCUGGUUUUGGUCUCGGUUUCGUUUCCUAUUGCUUGGGCUGCCUUGGUGUGUUUAUUUGCUUUGUAUUUUGAUCUUGAUCAUGGGCUGAUUUUGGAUUUGCGCUGGAAUUGUUUUGUGGUGGUUCUUGGGCAAUUGAAGGGUUUCCCGUUGCCCAUGGUUUUUGCCUCAUUUCGGAGGUACCACCAUUCGAUUUGGAGCUGGGUUUUAUGUUUGUUAUUGCCUUUGGGUCUUGCUGGCAGGCUGCCCGGUGCUCUUCUUGACCUUUUCGGUUGGGGUUGUUGGAAGAACCGGGACUAUCUUGGCUAUGAAGUGAGCUUCUGGCUAACUGGGCUUCUUUCUCGGGUUUCAGAGGUCGUUUUUGCAGGUUGCCUGCCUAUCUAUGUAUUGUUUCUGAACAACCGAAGGCAAUAGUAGAUGAAGGCUUGUGGGACAACCUGGUGAACUUGUGCCUCGUCUAUAUGGGGAUGCUUGCCAAAUACCUGGGGGGCACUCUGACCGUAGACCUAGGGGAGGGGUUUGUAUGGCAGGGUGAGGUCACUUUGGUGUUAAGUUGUCCUCCUCGACGAUGGUGGACAACUUCUGCUACUCGGGGCGUGGCCCUUGGCAUGCCGGUGGUAUCUAUGGCAAGGAUAACAUAACUCUUGCUUGUGUUGGAUGCAACCAUGGAUGAAGAACUUUGGACUGACUUUUGAAGUAGCUUUGCGGUUCACCUGUGUGAAUUUAUGCGAUACCUGAUCCUUAAUUGAGAGGGAGUACGUAUGGUUGGAGUUGGAUUGUGCCACCAAUAUAUACUCCCUCCUUGCUCUUGCUUUGCCUACCGUAUUAUUUCCGUUGAUGGUGCAGGGUCCUGGAAGCUGGAAGUGGAUUCCGCAAGAGCUUGGACGUGCUGGAUUACACUGUUGAUUUGUUUCUGGAUAUUUAUUUUGUACGGCCUGUGUGCCAACUUUGUAUUGUUGUUUGUUUGUUACCCAUUUGGGCUUGUUGUUGUACUGUCCUAUACAUGCAUGGAACCAUUUUUAUGGUUCAGCAUUUGACAUUGAUGUAUCAUUCUGAUUAGGGUAAUAAUAAUUUACAUUUUAU